CGGCGCGCCUGCCCGCCGACGCCACUCCGGCACGCUCCGUCACCGCGCGCGCUGAACUUUUUUUUGCAAGUAUUCUAGACUUUCUGACGAGAACCGACGUUUGUGACCAUGAAGCAAGGGUUGCUGGUGUUCCUCUCAUUAUGUGCUUUAACCACAGCCAUGGUUCCCAGAGUUAGGCGAGCCAUGAAUACUGAGGAAGAAGAAAUGCACCAGGUGUCUACGACAUCGACUACUACGACCUCUAGCGCAGUAACGACAUGUGCCUACCACACUCCGUGCGCAUGGACCGUCUACAGACAGAACAAUCCGGCCAUAAUAGAAAUGUACAUCCCAAAUACAUAUUGUACCUGCAAAAGUGACACAGUGUGCAAGGUAGUCGAGAACGAUACAUCGGUGAAUACAUUAAUACAUCGUUGUCGGUCACCGUCUGUGGACGACGUGGAGGACAGCUAGCGUGCCAACGCGCGGCGCCACAUACUCCGACGUCGCUUUGUCUACGGGCCCACCGCUCCAUCACAUGACGUGGUUGAACAAUCACAUACAAACAACAACUCUCUACUGAGAUACAUAUAACAUACCCAUUUGACUGCCUACGCUUGCCAGCGUACUUAAUAAUGUCAUGCAAGUUGCAGGUAAAUGUACCCCUAAGGGAUCCCCAAUGACUGGUAUACUAUUCUACAUAAUUAUAAGUUCUUUUUUGAAAACUUGUCCACUUUUUAAGGUGAGACACUGCAGGACCAUAAUCCCCUUUUGAUACUGAUAUCUGACAAUUUGGACAGUUACACUUAUGUAAAAAUAAUGAAUUGAAUAUUAUGAUAAUACAUCCUUCUUCUGAAAAGUCCAGGGACUAGGGAUCCAGGCUAUUCAUUGAAUAAUGUCACGGUUUUGUUAAUUAGUUUGAUUGAACAUUAAGAAAUAUUGAUCAUGUAGUUACGUACCUAAUUAUCAUCAACAACAUAUUGAACCCGCCUUAAUUGUUUAAGUUUUAUCUAAUAACUUUUCUCAUUGAACUUAAUUCAUAAUUACAAAAGUUUAGGCAUAAAAAUGAAUCGACGUUUUACUGCUUUUCACAUUUUUCAGUUACUUACUAACUUGUGUAUGACAUAACAAUAAAAGUACUUAUUAUUUGUAGUAGUUCGUUUUAAUAUCUAAGUAAUUCAUAACUUACCGAAGGAGAUGAACAAGCACGUCAUUUUUAAAGUUCCUAUUUUUAUUUUUUUUAUUAUUUAUAAUGUAACCUUAAGUGUAUUGUCCGACCGAAAUUGUUUUUACAACAGAUACCGCAUUUUACUUUGACCAAAACCGAAAUGGUCGCAUUUCUUACUUUAAAAUUAUUUUUGGUAUAGGUAGAUAGCUAACUACCUAUAUAUUUUAACAUAAAUGAUUUUUUAUGACCUUUUGAUGAAUUGUAUUGCCAAUAUUAAAUGUCAUUUCAAUGAAUAUUAUGUGACGUAGUUUAGUUAUCGAGCUCGGUUUCGGUCGGUUUUCAGGAACCGAAUCUUAAUAUCACGUGCCAAAACUUGCCGAAACCUGGGUACAUUUCGGUUGGACUUAUAAGUACCUAAGUAUAUAUAAUUUAGUUUUUGUAACGCCAAUGUUAAUGAAAUAAUGACAUAAUAAAAUCGAGUUGUAUUAUUAGUUUAGAUUAAUUGUGUAAAAUCAAGAUUUGGCGUAAUAAAUAAUUAAGGAGACA